AUGGCUGUUGAACUGAAGAUCAGCCCCAGGGAGAUUUAUUCCCUACGGCUUCCAAGGGCACAAGGGUAUAAUUCAGUUCCAGGCAGUGGAGGCUGGCGAUGGCAGUUUGAUUUCCCAGGCUCACGCUUCCUCUGUUUGUGGUCUGUUGUUCGCAGAGAUGGUUGUAUCAAAGCUGUGGGCCAGGCAGAUGUUAUUCGCAAUCAGUUCUCAGGAGCAACAUUUGAAAGAAUAAUUGACUGUUCAGGGAAGUGUGUGUUACCAGGCCUGGUAGAUGCACAUACACACCCAGUGUGGGCUGGUGAUAGGGUUCAUGAGUUUGCAAUGAAGCUGGCAGGUGCAUCCUAUAUGGAGAUCCACCAGGCUGGGGGAGGAAUACAUUUUACUGUGGAACACACUCAGAAGGCCACAGCAGAAGAGCUGUUCGAUACUUUCAAACACCGACUUGAACGCAUGCGCAGAGCAGGAUCUACGUUGGUUGAGUGCAAGAGUGGAUAUGGCUUAAACUUAGAAACAGAGCUUAAAAUGCUCAGGGUGAUCGAACGCGCUAAGCAGUCCUUGGAUAUUGGCAUUUCAUCAACAUACUGUGGAGCUCAUUCUGUGCCAAAAGGGAAGACUGCUACCGAAGCCGCAGAUGACAUUAUCAAUAACCAUCUCCCUAAACUGAAAGAACUCAAACUAAGUGGUGAAAUACAUGUUAACAAUAUAGAUGUGUUCUGUGAGAAGGGAGUCUUUGAUCUGGAUUCUACUAGGAGAAUUCUUCAAGCUGGAAAAGAUAUAGGGUUACAGAUUAACUUCCAUGGUGAUGAACUCCAUCCGAUGAAAUCUGCUGAGCUUGGAGCUGAACUAGGAGCCCGGGCUAUCAGCCACCUGGAAGAAGUUAGUGAUGAAGGUAUCGCAGAAAUGGCAAAAGCUAAGUGCGCCGCCGUCCUUUUACCAACAACUGCCUACAUGCUAAGAUUGAAGCAACCUCAAGCUAGAAAAAUGUUAGAAGAAGGAGUUAUAGUGGCUCUUGGCAGUGACUUUAAUCCUAAUGCAUACUGUUUUUCAAUGCCUAUGGUGAUGCAUCUGGCCUGUGUAAACAUGAAGAUGUCAAUGAAUGAAGCACUAGCAGCUGCCACCAUUAACGCAGCCUAUGCCCUGGGAAAAUCGGACACGCAUGGCUCCAUAGAGACUGGGAAGCAAGGGGACCUUAUUGUCAUAAAUUCAUCAAGGUGGGAGCACCUGAUUUACCAGUUCGGGGGACAUGAAGCGUUGAUCGACUAUGUUAUAGUUAAAGGAAAAGUCGUCUAUCAAAAUGAGAGUUGUGGGGCAAUGAGCAGUUACUGA